AUGAAACUGUUAAAUCAAAUGAAAAGACUCCUUAUUAUUUCUUUCUUUAUUAUUGAAAGUUAUGCAUUUUUCCAAAGAAAACCUAUUAUUCUUAUACCUGGAAUUAUGUCAACUAUUCUUGAAGGAGAUGGAACUGUUUUGUCUAAUCAAAAAGUUAUAUUCCCAAAGUAUUGUUCAAGGGUGUUGAAUAAAGAAACAUUAUGGCUAUCAACCAAAUCAUUUAUUCCUUAUGUUAAUGCAUGUUCUUUUGGAUAUCUUGUUCCUGGAUGGAAUUCUUCUAAUAAACAACAAACUGAUUUAGAUGGGAUUAGAAUUAUUAUUCCUCAGUGGGGAAGUACUUAUUCUAUUCGAUCUAUUGUUCCAACAUGGCCUUUGAAAUACUUUUCUAAUGCAUUUGAUUCAUUAAUAAAACGAUUAGAAUCACUUGGGUAUCAAGACCAAGUUGAUUUAUUAGCAGCCUCUUAUGAUUGGAGGUAUUUUAGAUUUGAUGAAUAUAAACAUAUAGAUAAUUGGUAUGAAAAAACAAAAAACCUUAUUCUCAAUACAUUUAAAAUCAAUAAUAAUAGUAAAGUCGUUAUUGUUUCACACUCUAUGGGAGGUCUUAUGUCUUAUAAACUUUUUGAUUAUUUGGGAAAGGAUUUUUGUAAUGCUUAUAUAGACCAAUGGAUUUCAAUGUCAACACCAUUCCUUGGUUCAGUAAGGACAUUCUCUGCAGUAUUUCCUGGAGAUAAUAUGGGAAUACCUAUCAAUACAAAAUAUACAAGAGACCUUUCUCGGACUGUUGAGACGAUACCCUUUUUGUUUCCGAAUGGAGGAAAUGAAAGAUGGGGAAAUGAACCGAUUAUGAGAAUAGGAAAUCAAACUAUAUUUACAAUUAAUAAUAUUACGGAAUCUUUUAAAACUCUUGACUCUGAUUUUCAAGAGAAAAGUAUGUAUGUUUAUCAACAUGGAAUCAAUGAAUUAUACUUGAAAUAUAAUUAUACUAUUCCACAUAACGUUAAGACCCAUUGUAUUAUUACAUCUGGUAUUCCAACAAUAAAAACAGUAAAUAUGGAAACUGCAAAUUAUGAUGGGAAUUUUAGUUUUGAAUAUGGUGAUGGUGAUGGAACAAUUAACAUUCAAAGUUUACUUUAUGCUAAACAUUUUACUCGAUCAAUUUUUAAUAUUGGAAAAUACAAACAUACUGAUUAUCUUCAAGAAGAAAUAACAUUUGAAACAAUAAAACCUUUUAUUUUGAAGAAAUAA